AUGCCGAAACGUUUUCUGUGUGAUCUUAAGGUGGCUGAAUUACGUAACGAACUAGAAAAACGCGGUGUAGACAAAAGUGGUGUGAAACCAAUUUUAAUGGAACGAUUGAGAGAAGUAUUGCUGUGUAAUCCUACUUAUUUUCAGAUUAUUCUGAAGGAGGGCUACGACCCAGCGACGUUCAACUUUAAGAAUGCUAGUAACCCGGGGGUGGGUCCACCUGGUGACGGUCUGCGUGUUAAGGUGGAAACCUCUGAUGUUGAGGCCGCAAUCGCGGAACUGGAUAAUUCAGGACGGCCUGAAUCACACCUGACAUCUGUGUCAGAGGGUUCAAUUGGUGCCGCAGAGGCGUCCGAAAUUGAUGAUAAAGCAAAGGAGGAUGCAAAUGAGCAAUCAGAAGACGCAACCACUUUUGUGGUUAGGGUUGGUGAAAAUGAAGACGACUUGGACUAUGACAUUAAGGAUGCAUCGGCUUCUGCUGAAGAGCGCCAAAAGGAAACGAAAAUGUCACCCUCCGCUAAGAAUGUGGACAGCGAAGCUAGCACCACUACAAAACAAAUAUACCCGGAAAAACAGCUAGGUAAAUUGCAGUCAAGCAAGACUUCAAUCACCUCCGAGCAAGCCUAUCUGCGUGUGAGCAAUUUGAAAAUGCCCACGAAAGCUGUUGAUUUAAAGCAAUUUUUCAGCUCUCAUGGCAAGGUCGUUUCAGGCAAGAUUUUGGCAAGUACACGCGCUCCCGGUGGAUGCGUUGGUUUUUUGAAAAUGGCCUCUGCAGAGGACGCUGCCGCAUGCAUUAAAAAGUUAGAUGGGACCGAAUUUAAUGGCAAAAUCAUAAAAAUUGAAGCCACAGACAAAGUUCCCUCUUCUAUAUCAAAAGCACCCAAGAAAGAGUCAUCGUCCGGUCCCGACAAAAUCAAGCCCGUUGGGACACCGGCUCCAUCUAAAUCAAGCCGUUUUCGUGGAGGAGACGUAGGUAGUCGAGCUGUCGUUAGCUCACGUUCCAUUGAGUCCGGUGGUGGUGUAGGCUCUGCUUCGCCGAACGGGCGCCUUCAUCGUCGCAGUGCCCGAAAUAUACUGGGACGAUAUCGGAAAUCCGCGCUCAUCAAUUCCCACUUCACACGUUCCCUCCAAAGAGCUCAAAAUUUCAUGCACCAUGCUGGAGGCAGCGUGACAGUCUCUGCACGAUCGUUUCGAGUCCGACAAAAUCGACGUCGCAUUUCUGAUGAAGCUGAGGCUGUCGGUAGUGAUCCAAAAAGAUCCCGUUUCAAAAUACCUUGUCCAAGAGUUCACUACUACGAAAGCUUACCGGCCUUUACACAGUAUAAUUCAUCGAGAACCCGCUGUGAUGAGCAUUCGGAGCGAGAAGCACCCCACGAUCAUCGCUGUAGAGGAACGCGGGAAUCCUACCCUGUUCGGACACGCAGAGACGAGUCGUACUCUGUCCACUCUGCUGACGUGUAUUAUCGACGUGGAUCUCGUUUUGCCUCGCCCCAGGAAGAGAUACCGUCCCGGCACUACGCCAAACCCGUGGUCUACAGACGCCCCCCAACUGAUAGAUUUGAUGUACCUGUGGGCUACGUGGGAGAUGGCGGUGGUAGUAUUGUGGUGGCACCGAUGACGCUCGACCCCGUAUCUUUGAUGCGAACUAUAGACAACAAUCCCGAGCGCGUGGUAGCCAGUACAAGUCCUACCAAAAUAGCAACAGAAUCAACAAAGACGAUCACCUUUUGCAUCCAAGUAGACAUCCAAAUGAUCGAGAACCCAUUUGGCAAGAAAACUCCUGAUCCUUCGACAUCUCACAGACAUCGCUCAAGGGAUAGAUCACGGUCACCACCGCCAAGUCGUGCAAGCGGAGUGAGCAGAUCCCGAUCGCCACCACCGUUACCUCCACCCAUUCAUUACACCCGUCGGUCCCCUCCUCCUCCCUCUUCCUCGUUGGCGUCUCACAAGCAUCGUCCCAACUACGAAACUUCCUCCGCCAGUAGUUAUUCCAGACGUGCGGGUGGUGGUGACACUCAUCAGAGUUACCCGCAAGCGUCUGGCUCCAUGCCCUCAUCCUCCAGGAUUUCGCAGAAGGUCUCCCAUAUCAUUGACUACGGGCAUAGAUCCAGCGCCAAUAAGUCCAUCCCCAGUUGGCAGUCCUCAUCGCGGUCACAGAAUUUCGAUGCUUCCGGAUUCUCCAGUGGUGGAGCUGUUGGUGGGAGUAGAGGGGGCGGCAGCGGCUACUCUUCCACCCAGUGGCGCUCUUCUGGAUACAGCUCACGACAGCAAACACGCUAUUGA